AUGGAGGCUUUAACAAGCUUAGAGAUAGAAAGUUUGAUCGCUUUUCUGAAUCUGGAGAAGACCAAGAAGAAAGAACAAAAAGAGAGAAAAGAAUUUCAAAGAUUAAGGGUUGAAAAUGAUGAGGAAUUUCAGUUGUGGAUGAGAAAGUUAGAUUCCAUAGAUGUACGUCGACACAGGGAGAAGCUUCAACAACGAGGAGAGUGGAAGUGUUCAUGGGGGAAAACCCGCAGUGCGAUAGAAAGUGAUAGUGAAGAUGAAGAAAAGAACUGUGAAGGAGGAGAAGAUGAGGAGAGCAGUGAUGAUUCAAUGAAGAGAGAUGAAAGAGCAAAAGAAGCAGAGAAAAAUCAGAGGAAGUGGCAAGAGUUUGAAGAUGCGAUGUACAAGUGCUAUCUCGCCGAAAAGAAGAACAACCCUCGUAAGUUUGCUCGAACCAUUGAAUCAGAAGAUGAGGAAGAAGAAACCGAAGAUGAUGAUCUCCAGGGUGCCUACACAUCUUCAUACGAUAAUGAUGGUACUGGUGCCUGCUAUGAAGAGGAUGAGUUAAACUACAACAGCAACAGUAAUGACGAUUCUUGGUGA